AAAAAAAAAAAAAAAAGAAUGGUACCUGAAAGUCAAAUAUUAAACAUGUGAAUUUAUCAUAAAGCACACAAACUGUAGUGAUUUUUAAUGUUUUUUUUUCUGUAUAAUAGCUAAACCAAAAAAUAAGAGUCUAUCAAAAUGAGACAAAACAUUCCCUUUUCUAUGCAAACCAAAAGCCAGGUGUGGCAGAAAAGGGGAACAAAAAGGGGAUACUUUAUUCUGAUACCUGCCACUGUUCUGAAAGGUUUUCACAUUCUCAUGGUGAAAAAGGUUUUUCGCCUUUUCUUUUUCACAUUGUGCACAGCAGUGGGCACCCAGUAGAAUGGUUCAUUCUAAAGUUACUGCUAUUCUUAGUCUUUGUGACGUUUGCUGUGAACCAGUUGGUAUCAUCUAAAUGACAGGUUUGGGCAGAUGUGUCAAGGAAAGGUAGUGCAAUAUAAAAUGACUACACACACUUUUUCAAACUUUACUGAAUGAGGUGUAGUUUUUGCAGACUGUGAAUCUUGCAGAAAGUUUUUUCAGAAGUUCAUUCAAAUAAUGUUCUUUUGCUGUGAAGUAUGAACUUAAUGUUUGUGAUUUGCAAUUUAUUUACAAUUUGAAGGACAAUUAGAAAUAUGUGUCUUUAAUAAUAGUUUGAGGUUGUAUGGGAAGACUGUUACAUUUUGCAAAUAUGAUUUGUCAUAAGGAUAGAUAACAUUGUAUUUUUUCUGUGACCAUUAUGGAAAAAGGCAACUUUUGAAUUUUAUUUUUUUUCUAACAAUGUGUUUGCUAAAGGACAAUAAAGUUUCACCUGUGUGUAUCUGAAAAUUUUGGCAUUAUUACUGUGUGAAGAUCUGGACUUUAUUUCAUAAGAUUGUUGCUUCUAUAACUUGAUUUAUUAGGUCUUUUUGCUUAAAAUAGCUUUUCAGCUUUUUUGGUAAAUGUUUGGAAACUUUUUCURGUAUUUUUGCUUCAUAAGUAUUGGUUACUUAUUCAUUUAGCUUGUUAAGAUCUCUGAAUACUUACUGAAGAAAGGAGGUGGCUUAGUGACUCAAGCAAAUCAUGUGCUUGUUUGGGUAUCCUACCUUCUGUCAGAUCUGGAUAUGUAUUUGGAAGAUAGGCAUUUUUCUUGGACAUUUUUGACAUUUUUGUUUAAGUCCAAAUACAUCAACUUGUCUGAGGAGGUACUUGGAAUUUUUUUUAACAAUGAACUCCUUUUCUGGCAAGAAGACCAUAAAACUGCUAUUUCAUGUUUACUAUAACCCAAAUAAAUUAGGGUAAAAAAUAGAUCUGUUAAUUUGUUGUGGUGUUUUGAUUGGUUAUAUGAUCUAGGGGUUUUUAACCCUGGAUAAUACAUGCGUUCCUGUAUUUGUGAGUUUUAKAAUACUUCAUACCAUCCAGUGUUCUUGGGAUCCAGUGUUUUGCAUURUUAGCUAGUAUCUUUGCAACAUGCUUUCCUCAUUUAAAAUCUUGGUGUUUCACACAAAGUAGAUAUGUCCUAGCAAUAGAGUGCAUUUUACUGUUAAAAUCUGUCAUUCCACUAUAUUCAUGGAACAGGAGAUGUUUUAUUAUUGUCUUUGAAAUACAUGUUUGAUAUAUCCCCUAACAAGAUAAAUAAGCCCUUUAAAACAAAUUAAGCUUGCAGUAUGAUGUAAACCAUAUGUUUACUUCAUUUGAAAUUGUGCUGUAGGCAAGCACUUUCCUCUUAGUUUGUUCCAGUUGUGGACUCUGUUAUGGGCUGGAAUUUUAUGGCUACUUUUAGAGCAUUUCCUGAGCUGAUUUGUUUUUUCCAUUCAUCUCCUUGCAAAUAGAGGUGAAUUUAAAAGGAUUGGAAAACUACUUGAAAUUACUCUUGAGGAUCUGGGUUAUACAAAAGCUGGGCCAGGUGGGGAGAUUAAUAAUAGGUUACAUAAACUUCACAUUAGAGCUGGCAAAAGGUAUGAGAAGAAAUUGCAUUUCUUAGUGUCUGGUGUCUCUGUAACAGUGAACUGCCGAAUUGCUGGUCUUGGCUUUUGACUGCAUUUCUCUAGAGACCUUUCAUUCAGAAUCUGUAUAUAAACRUAUAUAUAUAUAUGUAAGCUUAAGAUGUUUUAAUUUGCAUUAUUUAAUUUGCAUAUGCAUUAAUAUCCAGUGAGACGAAAAUGUUCUUUUAAAAUGUCAUCACAAGUCCUGAUGUAGCAGGACUUAGUAGCUACAUAUUGACUGAUGAUUUUAAUUGGAUACGGUUUUACUUUUCAGAGGAAAAAAAMCUGUAUUUUGUCUAGUUAGCUAUUCCCUAAAAUAUUUCUCUCUAAAAGGAAAAUUCAGUGUCACAAGCUUAAGGGUUUUUACUGUUUCGACAGUUACUUGUUGAUAUUUUUUCCUGUUGGCCAGGGAUGUUUGAAAAGCACACGUAUAUAGGUGCUUGGAAAAUCUAAAGGUCCUUUGUGUAGAAGAUAUAAGUGCAAAUGUGUAUUUUACCAGGUGAAACCAAAGAUAAUGCUGGAUAAUGUCCAGCAUUUGUCAGCAUGUUCUAACCAAAACAGUAGAUUCAUUUGGGGAAAUUCCUGUAUUUUGUGGAAGCAUCUGAUGACUGUGGUAAGAGGGGUUAGACUGCAGACUCACUGCUUUCUACAGCAACACUUUGGCUCAAAGAAACAUUUCAUAAUAACUGGUAUACCUGGGCUAUUACUCCCAUGCCUACAUUAUAACUUUGACACUCUAGGUGGCAAUACACAYACACAGUAAGUCAUGGUGAAUCUGGAAAAUGUUGUGGGUAUGCUUUUAUUCCGGACUGCUACUGAAAAUUCAAGCAGUGACAUCAUGAAUGCUAAUCAUUUCCUUACUGUGACGCAUAAAUAAGGGCAGCUCAAGUCACAAGUUCCCGAUCAUAAGGUGACACAAGGUUUUCAGCAUAACUAGAGUGAAAAGGUUGUGUYAAGGAAUUCUGAUUCAUCUCUAAUACUCUCCGAAUCCCCCCAUCCCUCAAAGAAGAAACAAACCAAAAGCAAGCAACCCAACCUAAUUAUCAAUUUAAUACAUGGGAUUUUGUUGUCACUGCUUCAUAUCACUGUUUCCUUUAGUUAGAACUGGAGAACAAACUACUGGAUUGUGUGUUGGAGAGAAACCUCAAUCAGUGGCUGGAGGCUACUUAAAAAGUACGAGGGUAAUACGAGGAAGAAACAGAUCYGUUUCUAAUAUCAGUGUGCAGUGGGCAGCAGGAGGGAAGAUUUGCCAUGAUCAGAUUUGGAACAAUCACUGCAUAUACACAGACUGUGAAAUAAGCCAUGAAGCAUGACAAGAUCAUCCCAGGAGGUUGUCUUUACGCACUGUUUGUUAAAGGAGAAGAACAAAGCAGAAGAUUCUGUUCUGUUGCUGUUCAGAGUCUACAUGGACACGAAAAGCAGGAGGUGUGGAAAAUCCAAGAACUGAUUUGUCUGCACUGCCGUUGAGGUGACAGCAUAGACACUGGCAAUACAGGACUAACAAAAAAGAAGCAUAAAGGAUGGACAAGAAGGAUAGCACUGAUCUUAAGUCCCCCAAAUCUUGGAUUGAAGAGGUCUUCAGUAAAAGAGAAUGUGCACACAUUAUUCCCAGCUUGAAAGAUCCACACAGAUGUCCUGCAGGAUGCCAGGUGUGCCAGAAUUUAAUCAGGUGCUGCUGUGGACGGCUCAUCAGAGAACACCCAGGGGUGGAACGUAGCUGGCCUGUUUAUCAGGCUGGCUCACAGAGCGAUGGUGGAGAAUGGUCUGUGCAAAAACACACCAAGAUGAGUCCAACAGAUGCAUUUGGUACAAUCAAUUUUCAGGAUGGAGACCACACUUACCAUGCCAAGUAUAUUAGACUUUCUUACGAUAGCAAUUUGGAUCAGCUGUUGCACCUGAUGGUGAAAGAAUGGCAGAUUGAGCUGCCAAAGCUGGUGAUCUCUGUUCAUGGAGGCAUUCAAAAUUUCAAGCUUCCCUCAAAGGUGAAGCAGGUUUUCAGCAAAGGUCUGGUGAAGGCAGCUGAGUCUACAGGAGCAUGGAUAAUUACAGAAGGCAUCAACAGCGGAGUGUCCAGACAUGUUGGGGAUGCACUGAAAGGCCGUGCCUCACCACACCUGAGAAAGAUCUGCGCUAUCGGGAUUCCUCCAUGGGGUAUCAUYGAGAACCAGAGGGAUCUCAUUGGAAAAGAUGUAGUUUGCCUGUACCAGACUCUUGGUAACCCACUCAGCAAGCUGAGUACGCUCAACAGCAUGCAUUCUCAUUUUCUAAUGGCAGAUGAUGGGACGGUAGGCAAGUAUGGGAAUGAAAUGGUGCUCAGGAGGAAUUUGGAGAAGUACAUUUCACUUCAAAAAAUACACACAAGAAUGGGCCAAGGUGUUCCCGUAGUUGGGUUGGUGGUGGAAGGCGGCCCCAGCGUGAUCCUGAUGGUGUGGGAGUAUGUGAGGGCCAGCCCGGCCGUCCCCGUGGUGGUCUACGAGGGCACGGGCAGAGCUGCUGAUCUCCUGGCCUUCACCCACAAACACACGGGAGACACGGGGGAUCUGUGCCCUCAGGUGAAGGAAGAGAUCUUACUGAUGAUUCAAAACACGUUUAGUUUGGAACAGAAACAGUCCAGUCAUCUCUUUCAUGUUUUGAUGGAAUGCAUGAAACACAGAGAGUCUAUAACCGUGUUUGAUGCCGAGUCAGAAGAUGAGCAGGACAUUGAUUUGGCAAUUCUCACGGCACUCUUGAAAGGCACACAUAUGUCUGCUUCAGAUCAGCUUGAUUUGGCAUUGGCCUGGAAUCAGCUAGAUAUUGCCAAGAAACACAUACUCGUUUAUGGACAACACUGGAAGGUUGGUGCCUUGGAACAGGCAAUGCUGGAUGCUUUAGUGAUGGAUCGUGUGGAUUUUGUGAAACUGCUGAUAGAACACGGGGUGAACAUGCAYCGUUUUCUUACCAUAGCUCGUUUGGAAGAGCUCUACAAUACAAAACAAGGACCAUCAAAUCUGCUUUUGCACCAUCUAGUUCGAGAYGUGAAACAGAAUAGCCUUUCUUUGGAUUACAAGAUAUCACUGAUUGACAUUGGACUAGUGAUAGAGUAUCUCCUUGGUGAAGCUUAUCGGAGCAGCUACACAAGGAAGCAUUUCCGAAUUCUCUACAAUGAUCUCUACAGAAAACACAAGAGAGUGGUCUCCAGCCUGCCUCAAAGCCUGUCUCAUUCCUUUCAUCAGAGUAAUCAGYUGGACAGUGGAAUGACAUCUGCUGAGAGUACUUUGCAUUCUCAGUUCUUCAGAACCGCACAACCUUACAAAUACAAGGAAAGAUCCAGUCCUUUCCCAAAGUAUAAGAAGAAAUCAAAAGAGGAUAUGAACUGCACAGAGAAUUAUGAAUCAACUGGGUUCAUCUACCCCUAUAAUGACCUCCUUGUUUGGGCAGUGUUAAUGAAAAGACAGAAGAUGGCAAUGUUCUUCUGGCASCAUGGAGAGGAAGCCAUGGUAAAAGCUGUUGUGGCCUGUAAACUCUACAGGGCAAUGGCACACGAAGCUAAACAGAGCAACAUGGUGGAUGACACUUCAGAAGAACUCAAGAAGUAUUCAGAGGAAUUUGGGCAGCUUGCCUUAGAUGUGCUGGACAAAGCAUUCAAACAAAAUGAGCAGAUGGCCAUGAAGUUGCUGACCUAUGAACUGAAAAACUGGAGCAACUCAACUUGCUUAAAACUGGCCGUGUCUGUGGGACUGCGGCCGUUCGUGUCCCACACGUGCACKCAGAUGCUGCUGACCGACAUGUGGAUGGGGCGCCUGAAGAUGCGCAAGAACUCCUGGUUUAAGGUCAUUAUGAGUAUUCUCCUGCCUCCUAACAUCCUGAUGCUGGAGUUUAAAAGCAAAGCAGAAAUGUCUCAUGUGCCUCAAUCUCAGGACUUCCACCCGUUAUGGUAUCAUGGGGAACAGAACCCAAUCAGCUCCAAAGAUGCUUUGAAGGGCUAUGAUGUGGAAAAGGGUGUUCAGAAGUCUGAUGAAAGCCAAGUAGAUGGUGGACAAGGAAGCCUGCCGGGCACUAGAAAAAUCUAUGAAUUCUACAAUGCACCAAUUGUCAAGUUCUGGUUUCACACGAUGUCGUAYAUGGCAUUCCUCAUGCUCUUUACUUACACUGUGCUGGUGAAGAUGGAACCAAGACCAAGUGUGCAAGAGUGGCUUGUAAUCAUUUAUAUUUUCACUACUGCUAUUGAAAAAGUCAGGGAGGUAUUUAUCUCAGAACCUGGAAAAUUCCGCCAAAAAGUGAAGGUGUGGAUUUAUGAAUACUGGAAUUUUACUGAUUCUGUAGCAAUCAUCCUGUUCAUGAUUGGUUUUGGUUUGCGCUGGUCCAACCCCCCUGUUCAGACUGCAGGGAGGCUCCUUUACUGCCUGGAUAUUAUAUUUUGGUAUACACGGCUCCUUGACCUUUUUGCCGUGAAUCAGCAUGCUGGCCCAUAUCUGACAAUGAUUGGGAAAAUGACAGCAAACAUGUUCUACAUUGUGGUCAUGAUGGCCAUAGUCCUGUUGAGUUUUGGGGUAUCCCGAAAGGCAAUCCUUUCACCAGAGGAGCCUCCUUCUUGGACACUGGCACGAGAUAUUGUAUUUCAGCCCUACUGGAUGAUGUUUGGCGAGGUCUAUGCUGGAGAAAUAGAUGUGUGUGAAACCAAUGAAGACUGCCCUCCUGGCUCCUUCCUCACACCAUUCCUCCAAGCUGUCUACCUCUUCGUGCAGUACAUCAUCAUGGUCAACUUGCUUAUUGCRUUCUUUAAUAACGUUUACUUUGAUUUGAAAUCCAUAUCAAACAAGCUCUGGAAGUACAACCGGUACCGCUACAUCAUGACCUACCAUGAGAAGCCGUGGCUGCCCCCACCAUUCAUCCUCCUGAGUCACAUUGGGCUUCUGAUAAACUGCAUCUUCCGYCAUCAGCCCCCAAACGAGCUGGACCAAGAGGAAGGCGAUGUUGGACUAAAGCUUUACCUGAGUGAUGAGGAGUUAAAGAAACUCCAUGACUUUGAGGAACAGUGUGUGGAAGAAUAUUUUCAUGAAAAGAAUGAAAACCUGAGUUCCAGUGACAGUGAAAGGAUCCGUUUGACCACAGAAAGAGUGGAAGAGAUGUUUCAACAACUUAAAGAAGUGCAUGAGAAGGUAUUUUAUAUCAAGGAGUCUUURUUCUCCCUGGAUAGCCAGCUAGGACAUUUGCAAGACCUGUCUGCAUUGACCGUGGACAUCCUGAAAGUGCUUUCAGCUGUGGACACCUUGAAGGUGGAAGAAGCCUUACUGGCUGACAGAAAACACCAACCCUGUCGGAAGCUGCCCCACAGCUGGAGCAAUGCAUUCUAUUCCAAGACUCUGAGCAGCCUGGAGUGCUUGUGUGACAAGAAGUACCACUAUUACAGCAUGCCACCCUCCCUCUUACGGAGCUUGGUGCGGACUCAGUCACCAUCAGAAUGCAAACCCCURAGCUCUGAGAGGAACAAGGUGGUAGAGGACAGCUGUCGACAGGUGGAAAUGGAAACAGACACACUCACUUCAGGAGUAUCCUCYGAGACUAAGUCAUCUCCUAGGUAUGGGCAGUUUUUGAUGCCCCCUGACCAUCAGGGAGGGUCUUUUUCUGAGGAUGUCACCUUAAACUGGUCCUUUUUGGACACUUCUGCCCAGUACAAGGAUGAGGCAUUCAGAAAUGACUUGCAGAGUAGCAUUGUGGUUCAGCAAAGCUUGCCGAGCAUCAACCUCCUUGGAAAGGAGCCAGAAGGUUUUCAGUGGAGCCAGAGAGACUUUGUUGUUCAUUUGCCACCAGAAAAGAUCAAUGCUCAUCCUCUUGGUCUCCAGCUGUCACUGGGUAUUGAAGAAAGUGCAGCAUCCCCCUGUGAUGGCAGGGAAGAAACAGAAGGUGGUUAUGUGAACUGGGGAUUCUCUGAAGGCGAUGAAAAAGGAAUUUUCAUCUCAGAUUCCAAGAAGAAAGCCCUGUACAUACCUUCCUCCUGUGACAGGGACAACAAUUUCCAGAAUACUCCUCCCAGGCAUGUCCAGUUAAGUGGCUCRAAGUCCUUCUCCUACAACUCCGACAAGUCGAGUCACAGCAGCAGCAUCUCUCAGAACAGACUGAAACGAAGCAUCUCCUUCUGGAUCAGCCCACUCUGGAGGGACUGGAGUUUCUGCAGAAGCAACAGCUUACCAUCCCCCAAGAAACAGCAAUCAGGGAAAACCUGCAAGGCUAUAGAAUCUUUAGGAUCCAGUGAGCUACACCACAGUGAGGCAACAAAAGCAAAACAGCAAAACAGAGACAGAAAGUCUGGGAGAGGAAAGAGGAAUCAAAAACCUCUUCAGGUGCCGGUGAUUAGAGUGGAUGAUUGUCCCCAGAACACUCAAGUGAGCUCAGAGCCGGCAGAGAUCAGUGUCUGGGAUGAGCAAGAGAAACACAGCAAGAAUUGGCUCACYGUGUCUAAUUUCAGUCAGCUAAGUUUGGAACGGCUCCAUUACAAGCACCAGAAAACCAAAAAUCAAGACAUCAGUAGGCACACCAUACCGUUCUGUGAUUACCUGAGGCAUUCUCGAGAGGAUUUGAGUUAUAGYGUAUUUGGAAACACCAAGAAAAGUAAUCCAAACAGGAAUUCCUCAUUGAGGACUCCAGAGGAAACUGACAGUAAGUUUUUUAUUGCUUGUCACUCAUUUCAAUUGCCAUCUGCAAAUCUCACUCUGACAAUUCUGAAGUACAAAAUCCAAAAGGAAUUUAAUUUAUUGUAGUUGAGGACUMUAGUGCCGGUAUUAUUUCACAUGUUCGUAACUAAUUUGUACUUUAAAGUGAAAGAUUUUUGUAAGAGAACAUGUUUUUCUCAUAAUGACUUCAUAAUCCYAAAGGGAAAUAAUCUAUUUUUUACUCUAAUCUGCUCAGUAGUGUUGUCCUUUCAGCAGYAAGAAACUCUUUAAGAUUCUACUGCUUUGAUCCCUGACAGUCUAAGGGAUUUCCUGAGUUAAACCAGGGUGUAUGCCUCAUUGUAGMUUGUGAUAUAAGAUUUUUAAUAUAUACUUGACUUUUCAAGUUCCAAUUUUGUGUCAUUGCUGUUUGUGUUGUUUACCUGAAAUUCUGAAAGCUGUGAAGAACUCAAUUUAUUAUGGAAUGUCCAGUGAGGAAAUUCAACGUUUGGUGAGGAAGGACUUUGCUCCUCAAAAGGGGAGCGUUGGUAACCUUCACUGGUAUUUUUUUUAGUCUAUCUCUCAGUUUUCCUGGCACAACUCUUAGCUGGACACCUGUCUCCUCUUGAGAUCAGCUGUGGCACAGGAAGGAGUUGCUCCUGGUCUCGUCUCCACUCCAGGUGCUGCUCCCUCUGGGCUCAUCUGUGCACAAAACACUGCAGUGCUGAAGCACAUUGCUGCACUGUUUUGCUUAAAAUCCACUUUUCCCCUUGUCAAAAGGCCCCUUUCCAUGGACUGCGUUUUUUUGCAACAUGCGAAAUGCUUCAAAACUAGAUGGAUMCAGCAAGAAAGAAAACACAAGGGACUUUGAAUCACUAGGGGGAGUAAAAAUGCUGAGCCUUCCCCGAUAUCCAUAGAUGUUUUCAUAUAAGAUCUCUUUCACUAGAUAGGGGAGUAAAAGCAAAUGGAAAACAUCAAGAAGAGAAGUGUUAAAUUAAAAAUUUUUGAUGAACAUUGUUUUGAUCAUCUCAUUCUAAAAAAAUUAAUAGUAGUACAGUAUUUGUACAUAUAUAUGUAUAUGUGUAU